AAAACCGGAGCUCAAUUAUAUCUUGCAUCAGAAAAUAACAAAAGCGACACAAUAUCGGUACUUCAUUCAGCGAUUUCUGAGACUCCAACAUGGGAAACUGACGCACAGUGGAUGAUGUUCCCCUCGGCCUUCGGAGCAAAAAUAAAAACAGGACGCAAUGUGUUUUGGUCGUAAUUUAUCCUCGCAUUGCUUCAAUCCUCGAGUUGCAAAGUUCCUCUUUAAUGCGCGGGUGUUUUUAAAUGUGUUUUGGCGAGCGGCAGCGGCGGGGCGCUUACGUGUCCAAUAAAGUAACUCGUAAAAUAAGGCUUCCAAAUACAUAUUGUGUCGUUUUGGAUAACCAAGGAAGGGAUUUGAAUGGCUGUAAGUAGCAGUGUUAUUGUUGACUCUUUUUUUUUUUUCAUUCACAUAUUUAAUAAAAAUCUCACUCUGUACAGAUGUCUAAAUCUUGAUCAUUUAUAAAAACCAGUGCUUGUUAUAGUCGAGCAGGCUGAGUAUUUAAUGACUGCAGGGAUUGAUUUAUCUUUUAUUGUUCGGCUUUAUGAGCACGUGACUCAGCUGCCCAAUGGCAUCGCGGCGUGGCUCCCCAUUACUUUCCCCACUGUAGUUCUUCGUGCAUGGGGCCAAGUUGCUACUUGAUUUCUCCACAUUGUUAUUUUGUGAGGCUGCGCUUUGCCGCGCGUGCAUUCGUGUGUGUGUGUGUGUGUGUGUGCUUUUGGGGAAUGUGUGCUUUUUGUUUUACUUUGCAUGUAUCUGUUGUAUGACUGCGUACAUGCGAAAUCGGUCUAAUUUCCCUGCCAUGUCGACGUCCGGAGCACUCACGAGCUACUACGUUGAUUCCCUAAUCCUGCCUGAAAGCGAGGAGCUCUCCACCUCGAGGUACCCCUCCGGUGUCGGUGUCCAGCACGCCAGACAGCCCGCCCCUGUGGUUGACCACAGCGAGCUCGGAGCUUGCGGCUUCCCGUCCAAAGCCCCCGUUUUCGGGCCGUCAUGGAACCACGUCCCAGCUCAGUUCCCAGGCGCCGUCUCCUCUGUUUAUCACCACUACGGGCAUCCGCAAGGCCCGAUGGGCGCGGAGACGGACGGCCGCUACCAGUCUUGGCUUCUUGAACCCGUGUCAAUGACUGGAUUACCGCCGAGCCACCAUCACUAUGCGAUCAAACCGGAGGGUCUGGGGACGCCGCCGGGAUCUCACACGGCGCUGCUGCUCUCCGAUUACGCCAACGGCACGGUGGCGACACCGUCACCCGGAGAGAAGGACGAGUUGUCCGCGCAGGGAGGGGAGCUGAGCGCAGAGGGCGAGGACAAACCGGGCCUGGACCCAAAUAACCCUGUGUCCAACUGGCUCCACGCGAGCGCCACGAGAAAAAAGCGCUGCCCCUACACCAAGCACCAGAUCCUGGAGCUGGAGAAGGAGUUCCUCUUUAACACCUACCUGACCCGGGACCGCAGGUACGAGGUGGCUCGACUGCUGAACCUCACCGAGAGACAGGUCAAAAUCUGGUUCCAGAACCGCAGGAUGAAGAUGAAGAAGUUUAACAAGGACGGCGCGCCGAAAGACGACUGAAUUACGCGCAGAUUCACGCAGGAUAUCUAGGCUGUGAGCAGAUCAGCUGGACAUUUGUUUUUAAAACUCCCUCGUCUUAUUGUACUAUAUAACAUCUUAUAGAAAUAUUUGUCUUGUAAAAGAGAGAAAAAAAUAGCAUGUCGGAGAUUAGUUUGAUGCUACUACCUUUAAAUUGCACAAUUCUGACAGUGCCCUUUGUUUUGGUUCGUUUUUUAAAAUUACUUUGUUGAUUUGAAUUAAUACCUCGUUAAAGUGUUAAAUUAGAUGGCCUGCUCCUUUUAAUUGUGCUUGUUUAUGUAUGGAUGUUUCUAGCCAAGUGUGUGAACGUGUGUGUGUGUGUGUGUGUGUGUGUGUGUGUGUGUGUGUGUGUGUAUGUUUUGUUUAGUUAUAUUUGUUGUCUAAACGUAUAGUUUAUGAAAGAAACUGUGUUAAUUUUACUGUCUUUUCUCCAUAAGUAAUAGAACAAUGACAGACGGCCCUGGAUUUGAUACUAACUUUAAAAAACCGUAGUGGGGAAAACAGCUCGCAUUGAAACACAAACCGCUCAGAUCUCUUAGAAAUUCCUAGUAGAUCUUAUCACAGGUAUAGUUACUAUCCUCGACUACCUAUAUCGUUCAACUACCUACAAUAUGCUUGUUUGUUUUUUUUUUAUUUUGUUUUUGUUUCUUAGACUUUGGGUCGUAUAGAUUUGCUGGCAUCACUGUAAAAAGAAAAAAAGAAGGAAAAAAAACACGUCUGACUGAAUUUCAGGGAGUGACAUUUCCAAUUAAGGGACGCCAUGUUUGUUAGAGAGAGAAAAGGAAACACUGUAGGCUAUCCAUUGAAUACCUCGCACGGUCUUCUGACCGUCAGACGUUUGGUUCAUAUAUGUAAUUUGUAUUAUUUAUUAAAUAAAACAAAUUAUAUCUCGAAA